CCGGGAGUUGUAGUCUUCUUUGGGAGCCGCGGAGCCUGGCCCUGCGGCGGGGGAGGAGGAAAAACUACAAGUCCCAGGGGGUGCGGCACCACCGCCUGAGGGCGGGGUGUACGAAAGAGAAGCUCGGAGGGCGCCCGGACACAGCUGAGCGCGUUAGUGCGAUUCACAAGACGGACAGACUCUGUGGUAACAAGACUCCGAGACAUAAUCGGGACCCAAGGCCGUGCAUUGAGGGACUGGGCCCAGGUCUGCAGGGCUCAGCUAAGCCCAUGAGCUUCCAGAGCUAACCCCUGACCACCUCGGCAGGCAAGGGGCUGAUGUCGGUAGCCCCCAUCCUGGAGGGGCAGGUCACGCGCACCUCCUGCUCUCAGCAUGGCACUGCCACACCUCGCCCUCCUGGCUGGCCUUCUGGUGGGAGUCGCCAGCAAGUCCAUGGAGAGCAUGGCCCAGCUGCCCGAGUGCUGCGUGGAUGUGGUGGGCGUCAACGCCAGCUGUCCGGGUGCAAGCCUGUGUGGCCCAGGCUGCUACAGGCGCUGGAAUGCGGAUGGGAGCGCCAGCUGCAUCCGCUGCGGGAAUGGAACCCUCCCGGCCUACAACAGCUCCGAGUGCAGAAGCUUCGCUGGCCGGGGUGCACCGUUACCCAUGAACAGAAGCUCAGGGACCCCUGGGCGGCCACAUACCGGGGCUCCCCGAGUGGCCGCCUCCCUCUUCCUGGGAACCUUCUUCAUCAGCUCUGGCCUCAUCCUCUCCGUAGCUGGAUUCUUCUACCUCAAGCGCUCCAGUAAACUCCCCAGGGUCUUCUACCGAAGAAACAAAGCCCCGGCCCUGCAGCCUGGCGAAGCUGCUGCAAUGAUCCCCCCGCCACAGCCCUCAGCUGACUUCACGGUGCCCGAGCACCCUGCGGCUGCAGCUUCAACAGACCUUCAACCUGACGGUCGCAGAGUUCAGAACUCCAGAGCCACUGGCAGGCAGGCCACAUCCUCUGGAGGCUCCCAGGGAAGAGCCUGCUGCCUCCUCAGUGCUGCCGACUCAGGCGUCUCUGCCCCCCGGUCCCACGGCAUCUCCACCAGUACGGAAGCCACGCUACGUCAGGCGGGACCGGCCCCUGGACAGGGCCACGGACCCUGCUGCCUUCUCGGUGGAGGCCCGCAUCAGCAACGUCUGACCCGGAGGCUGAGACCACGCCAUGCGCUUGGCAGCAGGAGCCCAGCACAAAGGGUUGGCGUCGCCCAGCAGCCGGGAGAGGCCAGCACAGCCCUGGCUCUGAACCCUCCGUCUCCCAGCGACAGACACCGAGGGGACCCAGGCCGCCCCAGCCUCCUUCCCACCAUAGCCGCCUGCAUCCAUGAGACCUCAGAGCUCUAGAUCGAGGCCUUGGGGGGUCCAGGUACCCCCAGGAGAAGCAGUGAGGCCCCAGCGCCUGCAGCCAAAGCUGGGGUGGCCCAGGGGCAGGACUCCAGCUCCGCUGCAGCCAGUGGCCCAACACCCCUCUGAGGCAGUGAGGUUGGUCCUUGGGCCAUUCCAGCCAUGGCCCAGCCAGUGGGGAGGACGCAGCCUAGGAACCAGCUGCCUGAGACCAGGGUGCCUCCGGGUACCCUCCCACGUGGUGAAGACCCCAAGCACACAGUCACCCAUUUCCGAGUUAAGCAGAAAUUCAUUGUACAGAAAAGUCCUCCAGAGCUUGGCAACCCCGCUCAGACCCCCAGGCCUGGCUGAUCCUUUCCCACACAGGGCAGGCUCUGGCUGGUGGCAACGUCUGCUGAAGCCCUAGGCCAAUGCCCUCAGUGAUACAUCCAACCCCAGGGGCCCCCACAGGUCACUACCUUGUAGACCUGCCAAGGCUGCUCUGGCGCUGAGUCCCGGGGUCCCUCCCAGGCCCUGGCGCUGAGUCCCGGGGUCCCUCCCAGGCCCUGGCGCUGAGUCCCGGGGUCCUCCCAGGCUCUGAUGCUGAGCCCCAGGGUACCUCCCAGGCUCUGGCACCGAGUCUCGGGGUCCCUCCCAGGCUCUGGUGCUGCCCCUGUGCAUCUCGGGCUGUGCUGGUGGCAGGUGACCCUGGGGUUCCUGAGAGAAAGGCGCUUAACAGGCUUGGGCUUGGUCAUGGGUCUCGGGUGCCCUGCAGUGACCAGCACGUCUGCUUUAGUGUUGGGUCCACCUCUGAGGGGCGGCCUGGCCACCAGGGCCCCAUGCUUUUCCUGCAAAGUACACUGUGGGUGCUCUCAUGGUCCCCGGGAUCUCGCCAGCAGGAACAUGGGGGCACAGGGUGCUGAUAUAAAGUCAGCCUUACACAAGCUGUUUUCU